UCAAGAUGAUCAACAGUUGGAGAAGUCGAGUGUCUUUCCAAACGUGUACGAAUGUCCUACAACUAUACUUGGUUGCCUGCCUCCUGUCCUAUGUCCCGCAGUGCAGAACACAUGUCAAUGCCUGUGCCGGACGGAACACGGCGUCGUGGAAGAGGCAUGGCGGUGGAGUCUGCCCCAGGUUUGCCCGAGGCCUGACUCGAUUCUGGACUCCCGGCAUCUUCCGGCGCCUCUACUCUGGGGCGGCGUAUCACGUGGCGUGGCACUGGGUUGCGGUAUUAUACCCCGCGCUUUGUGUCGGCGUAGGAUCACCUUUUGUCCUCCGUCUCCGUCACCUCUGCUCCGCCGCGCUUUCUUCCCUUCCCUCAUACCUCCUGCAUGUCGUGCGCUGUCGCGCCCGCUCCUGCUGCUCACCCGCUCUCGUUCACCCCGCGAAAGCGCACCAUGUCCUUCUCGACGCCCACGCCCUGCAAAGUCGCGCGGACUCCUCUUCGUCGCACAGGGUCCUACCUCUCUCUAGCCGACAUGCAAGCCGCGGAGUACACGCCACUAUACGGGCGAAAUGGACCAACCAAGAGCUACACUGCUAGUGACAGCCUCGUCAUUGGCCACUACGACGCUCGCAUGCGGAAGCGGCGGGCAGCGCCCUCUCGCACGCCGACUGCACACGCGACACCCGCGCCCACCCCAACUCCCUCUUUUCCAUCCCCGCACCACGUCUACCUAUUCACCUCGCGUCGCACCGCGCCGCGCCCGCGGAGAUCCUCACCCCUUGCCCCAGUGCAACGCCCCAUUCCCGAACGGCCUUCUCUGCCUUGCACGAAGAAGAGGGAGCCAGAUCUAUACCGCACGGCAAUCGAGACCCGCAUGCGCAUGUCCCCGGUCGGACGCAAUAUUCUGAGUAUGGGCCCGCGGAUCGCGAUGUCCGUGUCCGUCAUCACGGCCACAGAAGCACUCGAAAGCCUAGUUGCUGCGCACACCGACUGGGAUAUGCAGGAUGUGGCGUUGGGCGCUUCGUGGGUGGAUGUGGCUCAGGACGACUGGGAGAUGGUGGAGUGUGACGCGUAAGCACCCUGCUUUCUCGUCUUGUCGGUUGCGCGUUCUCGCGGACGACGAAUCCUUCCGCGACUACGAGGAGGUACGACCACGGGAAAGUACGAGCGGGCAGGCUUGUACGACUGUUCCUUCUAGCCCGGUGUCGCGGCCGACACCUGGACGGGGCUCGAUACCCACCGACUGCUUAUCGCGAGCGGUUUCUCAUUCGGCCUUCGUACUUUCUGCGAGUUUUGAUUGCCUCUUGGAGGCUAUUUGUGGCAAUGGAAGCAUUACUGGACGAUGUAGCAUACGGAACGUCCGCCGCACUCCGCUUGUAGUAAUCUGUACAUCACAUCACUGUAUCCGACCAUGUGUAUCGGGCUCGUCGCAUAUAAUGCAGUUAUUUCUGUAUCUG